CGCUGACAACCAACUCUUCAGCUAUGCACAACGAAGAAGUCUGUAAUUAAAUACUGUCACCGGAAUGGCAAUCGUACCGUGCAUUGGGGACAAUAAUACAAGAUGAUCCACGGGUAACGACACCAUGGACCUUCAGCAUCAUCAUGGUCAAGCCCAGCCUACAGACCAGACCACCCGCUCCAUAUUUCCCAAAGGCCCCGUAUUUGACCUCGAAGACUUCUCAAACCGCGAUUUCAUAGCAAAAGACUUCAUCGAGUCUCUUACGGAAAAUACCCAAGCUUCCAGUCGACGGUCGCAAGGCGGUACCGGCGUCACAGCCUUCGAUCCAAAACCUCUUAUUCGUACCUUCGAACAGGCCGCACGACGACUUGACGAACUGUCCGGCGAGCUAGAACAACGUGAGAAUGAAUUGUCAGCUGCGGUGAGAAGAGCCGAAGCACGACAUGCGAGCAAUACAGAAACACUGGGCAGAAAGCUCCAUCAGACCAUUGAAAGCUUCCAGAAGAUAGACAUCUCUUUGAGGUCCGACCGGGGUGAGAAAUGGGGCGGUAAUGUCGCUGUCGAGACCGGUCGUCGACUAGAAGAGCUGGACAGGCAGAGAACAAAAGCACUCGAUGCGCAUUUUCUGAUCGAGUGCUGGGACGAAGUCAGCAACCGAGGAGAAGUUACAUUGCUCGAGAACCUGAGGAGGUCAGGCACAGGAGAGGGAAAGAUCAGGUCGGCCAACAUAGCCCGUCAACUCCUGAGGAUUAGUCAGAGACUCGAUCCAAAGAGCCAUGCGCAAGCCAAUGGCGUCUCUAAGGGAGGCGGCAUCACGAACGGCGUGACAGGGAGCCGCAAUUUCAACACAAGAGAGGUCAUCGAGAAAUUCAUUGAAACGCUGGAGAACGACAUGCUCAAGCUAUUCGAUGACUUCUACCGCCGGCAAAACUACGAGGAGAUGAAGAAUUGUGCUAUCGUCCUACAAGAUUUCAAUGGCGGUGCUUCGGUCCAAGCAGCGUUUGUCAACCAGCACCAGUUUUUCAUUGACAGAAGCAACCUGGUGACAGAAGAAGUCGGCGGUGAUCAAGAAACAUGGAUGCGCUUGUCUGACCCCGAUGCUGAAUUACCAGGCGUCGAGCCAGGACUACAAUCUUUGAUAGAUGAUGUUAAGAUUGUCGUCCAAGACGAGUCGGCGAUCAUCAAGAAAGCAUUUCCCUACCCGGAACAAGUGCUGGGCAAAUUCGUGCAAAGAGUCUUCCAACAAUCCAUCCAACAAAGACUGGAGCUUGUUCUGGAGAAAGCCGAAUCGGAAUCGACUUUGGCGUACCUGAGAUCUCUACAGGCUGCGAGAAGUCAUAUCAGCGUCCUGGUCGAGGACCUGAAAGCGCACGGAUUGACAGAACAUCCGGAAUCCGUCACCUCUCAGACGAGUCAACUGCUCGAUCAGCAGCUCGAUGAACUAUUCACCCCAUACUUUGGCGGCUCCGCGUACAUUGACAAGGAGAAACAUAACUUACAAGAACUCUACAAGUCACUCCUGUUCAAGUUCGAGCUCUUCCACUCUCGACGACAAAAAGAACCUAAAACAUACCUCGCAUCACUUCGCAAUCGCGGUCAAGAGCUGUUAGCAUCCGCCCGGGAGGCUACAGACGCCUAUGUGAAAAGCCUCGACCUGGAGAAAAUGUCUCCUACUCAAAAACGAAUACUCCUCUCUGUUGCCGGUCUUAAGGACACCGACAAGGCUCAACCCGACGUUGAACUCGCCGAAGAAGACGGACGGCUUGACGUCGCAGCCGCGAAAAGAAUGCUCAAAUGGCUCGCCGAGGGCGUCAGACGAGGCCUCGAACUUGGUGGUGGAGCAGAGACCCCCAAAGACGUCGCGGCACUGCUGAACCUGAUUCUUAAGAACCUGCUCGAUUCAUAUGUCGAAGUCGCUCUAGAAGCCGCCGCCGACGCAGCUUCGUCCGCAGAGAAUACCAAAAGGGAGCCUGACCUCUCGUACCUUGGCAGUCUGCGUACAGCAGUGCAUAUCACACAUCUAGUGCAGAGCUGCAUCAACACCCUUCUCAUCCCUCUGGCCAGCACCAGUCUCACGACCCGCCGAGAAAUGGAGAAGAGCACACGGACCGCCGUCUCCCGCGUCGAAGACCAGAUCAACACCAUCGAACAGCAGACCAUUGACGGAGUCCUCAAUUGGUCGGCGAGACUCCUCACGAACCAAAAUCGAACGGACUUCCGGCCGCGCACAGAUACAGAGGUCGUGUCUCUCGAGCAGGCGCAAACGUCCACCUGCGACAGCGUCUGCAAAUUUCUCGACCUCUUCCACGACACAGCGUCGCAGUCCUUUGACGGGGCCAAUCUGGAUGUCUUCCUUACCGAAGUCGCCGUGGGAUUCCGCGCACAGCUCCUGCAGCACUUCACCAAGUACCAAGUCAACCGGAUCGGUGGGGUCAUGCUGGCUCGCGAUAUGAGUCGAUAUGUCCAGCUCCUCCGGUCGUGGGACCUCGACGACACGUUCAAAGCGAGCCUUGAAGUGCUGACCGAGUUGGCGAGUAUCUUCGUCCUUCUUCCCGAUGCGCUGAAGGAGAGACUCCGAGGCCAGGUCCUUGGUAAUUUGGGCAAGGAACAUCUCAGGCCGUACUUGCUCAAGAGGGACGAUUACAUGGAAGUCGGGAUGCAGGCCUUGCUGCACUCGCUGUGAGCAUGCUGUGUAAAGCGAGGGUGUAGACGGGGUGAUAAAGCCUGUUUCUGUUUGUGUUUGUGCAAUUGAGCCGUAUCCAUGAGUGAUUGCUAUGCAAGAGUGGUGAUGUUAUACAGUAUGUAUCUACAGCAGCGUAUUCCCCUCAAAGGCUGCAAAUGACACCACGUGCCUGGGCGUCUCCGAAAGUCGACCUCGUCGAUCAUCU